GAGAGCGAGAGAGAGAUAACUGUAACAAGGAUGCUUUCCAUCUCUCUGUACAGAAACAGAGUGCAUCGGGGCGAUAUCAGACAUACCUUGGUUACUGGUAGCCUAUAUCAGCCCUUUUAUCUUUACUUAACAGUCUUCAUCAAGCGAGCAAGGUAACAUGCGAUUAAGGAUUACAUUCACUUCUCAUUAGUAACGCCUUGGUGUUUUGUUCAUGAUUUUAUGAAAUCAUCUCAAGUGGGGUGACUGAGGAGACCCAGAUGGGGUAUUAGCCUAGGCUACACUCGCUUCUUUUGUCCUCGAUUGUACUACUGGCAUCUGGAAACAAGCCCCGCGUUUAGCGCACUGGAGCGAGAUAUACUGCCAUGCUGCUAAGGAGUAAGCAAUCGGUCGCUGAGUAAGCAAUCAGUUGGGGGGCAGGAGUUCGCCCGACAAUAUCUUCUCUCUUGAACCAAUUUGGAGAGGAUGCCCUGGGCAAUAGAAUGGAAAUGUGAUUCUACGUUGGCUUAUUGUUUUUGACAGCCUUCUUGCCCACUCUUAUCCCUGCGGCGAGGAUGGUGCUGAAUGAACAGCUCCUUUUAUGCGCGGGAGCACUGAGGUGGCUAUGACGAGACUACGUGCCAAUACACAUACACAAAGAUUGGCCACUAAACUUGGAGUGCACGUGUUAUUCUUUCAUGGGUAGAAGCUGACGGAUUCCUCUCGGUUUCAUGGCUGGGGCACGGCGGAUAAAAACUUUGUUGACUGUAAACAUCUGCGUUUUUGUGGGCAUUAUACUGUUCUCGAUUUACUGCAGAAUUCAGGACCGCUCAGAGGAAUUCAUGAACAACGGCAGGACCACUGAGCAAAGAUCUAACCGUAGAAAUGGAAAAGUCACUAACUUUGUGGACAAGCAGGCUAUUCUUCAAAGGCUCGAGUAUCUUGAGGACGUGGUCUACCAUCAAUUAAACGGGCUGGGAAAGCCGGUUGGAUUGCUGGAGGGACAAAUGGGUCUGAGACAGGGGCAGGCCAGGAACCCUGCAACCCUGAGAAACCCUGUCCGUGACCCAGAUGGGGGAAAGUACAAAGAUUAUGGCUACAACGCACAGCUGAGCAAUCAAAUCCCGCUGGAUAGAUCCAUUCCCGACUACAGGCCGAAAAAGUGCAAGCUGAUGACUUACCCAGAUGACCUCCCUCAGAUGACGGUGGUGUUCAUCUUUGUAAACGAGGCCUUGUCUGUGAUCCUACGGUCAGUCCACAGCCUGGUCAAUCACACACCUGCAUACAUCCUCAAGGAGAUCAUCCUGGUGGACGACAACAGUGACAGUGUGGACCUAAAGCUGAACCUGGAUCAGUAUGUGAAUAAGAAUUAUCCAGGCCUAGUGAAGAUUGUCAGAAAUAGCAGACGAGAGGGACUUAUACGGGCCAGAAUCCUUGGAUGGAAAGCAGCCACUGCACCAGUUGUCGGCUUCUUUGACGCACAUGUUGAGUUCAACACAGCAUGGGCAGAGCCAAUCCUAACAAGAAUCAUGGAGGAUCGAACACGUAUUAUUCUGCCUUCGAUCGACAACAUCAAGCACAACACGUUUGAGGUGCAGCAGUAUGCUAACGCGGCCCAUGGCUACAACUGGGGCCUGUGGUGUAUGUACAUCAUCCCCCCUCAGGCCUGGCUGGACAGAGGAGAUCAGACGGCCCCCAUCAGGACCCCUGCCAUGAUUGGCUGCUCCUUUGUGGUGAACAGAGAAUACUUUAGAGAGAUUGGCCUUCUAGACCCAGGCAUGGAGGUGUAUGGAGGAGAGAACAUUGAGUUGGGCAUGAGGGUAUGGCAGUGCGGAGGGAGUAUGGAGGUUUUACCUUGUGCUCGGGUGGCACACAUUGAACGCACCAAGAAACCCUACAACAACGACAUUGAUUACUAUGCCAAGCGCAAUGCCUUGAGGGCAGCCGAGGUAUGGAUGGAUGACUACAAAUCCCAUGUAUACAUGGCCUGGAAUAUCCCCAUCAAUAACCCUGGGGUUGAUUUUGGAGAUGUUUCUGAGAGAAUCGCCUUGAGGAAGAAAUUGCAAUGUCGCAGUUUCCAGUGGUAUUUGCAGAAUGUGUAUCCAGAGAUGCGAGUGUACAACGACACCAUCACCUACGGCGAGAUGCGGAACAGCAAGGCCAGUGGCUAUUGCUUAGACCAAGGACCAGAUCAUGACAACAGUCCAAUUCUCUACCCGUGCCACGGCAUGACAUCUCAGCUGGCCCGUUACACGUCAGCGGGGCUUCUGCAGCUUGGUCCCCUGGGCUCCACUACGUUCCUGCCCAACACCAAGUGUCUGGUGGAUGAGGGACGAGGGCGGACGCCAAGUCUAAAUAAAUGUGAGGGAAUGUCACGCUCAUCACAGAGGCUUUGGGACUUUACUCAGAAUGGCCCAAUAAUCAGCAGAGACACUGGUCGUUGUUUGGAAGUAGAGAUGUCUAGAGAGGCCAGCUUCGGCCUGCGCCUAGUGGUCCAGAGGUGCUCUGGUCAGAGGUGGACUAUUAGGAACUGGAUCAAACCUCCACGACACUGAGGGCGGUCUCACACUCGAAAAGGAGGUACACCAUGUACAGGCCAGCUGAUGUCUACAAAGGGACAUGGGACCCCUGUAGCACUUGUACUAUCCUCUUCACAAAGAUUGUGUUCCUUUGGAUUGAGGCUAUAGACUCUGUUGUCUGUCCCUAGAAAGGUCAAGGAAAAGCAUCUUAACACCAACCUUCAACAAGCACCUCAAGACCAAGUCAUCACAAAGUAUGGAGGACACAUAUCCCUACGAAGAACCAUAGAAUGUACCAUAUCCACUACAGAGAUUGUCUUAGACAAUGAGAUUUGUGGUCUGUGAUACUGAAGGAUUUAGUAUAAACGAACUGGCAUCUCUUCACAAACCUGCACAGCAAAAUCAAUGGUGUACAUUUAACUCUGGAAUGUAAAAUUUACACUUUUCAGUGAACAUAUGAGUCCCACUGAACUGGUGUUCAAUUAACACGUUUGAAAGUGUUAAAGAUUUAACAAUUUUGCAGUGCUCCCCAUUCAACUCUUAAAGUGUUCAAAUGAACUUGAUUGUGGUGUUUGCAUAGAUCUAUUGUAGAAAAAUAAGCAACACCAACAGUGUAAAACAUAACACUUGGUUUAGAGCAGGGCUCUCCAGCGCUGUUCCUGGACAGCUACCGGCCUAUCGAUUUUUGCGACAACCCUAAUCUGCUGCACCUGAUUCUAAUAAUUAGCUGGUUGAUAAGAUGAAUCAGGUUAGUUACAACUGGGGUUGGAGCGAAAACCUACAGGAGGGUAGCUCUCCAGGAACAGGGUUAGAGAGCCCAGAUUUACAGUAAACUGGACUCCCUUUGCUUUGUGCUGAUGCUGUCACACUUUCUCCGUGUAAGAAAUGAACAAUUGUUACAGUAUAUCAUUUUCGGGUUUUAACACUGUUUGGUGUAAAGCCUAAUUUGCAUAUUUAUUUGAGUGAAUUGUAGAGUUACUACCCAUGACUGUAUUUGUUAGUGAUUUGUUAGGGUAUUGAAUUCUUUCAUUUUAAAGGCAUGUGGCUUUCACCAAGUGAGUACCUAGGCAAAUGCAAUCCUUAAAAUUGGACUCUAUGACAAUAUAAUACAUACAGUGAGCUCAAAAAGUAUUGGGACAGUGGCAAAUAUGUUGUUAUUUUGGCUCCGUACUCCAGUACUUAGGAUUUGAAAUGAUACAAUGACUAUGAGGUUAAAGUGCAUACUGUCAGCUUUAAUUUUAUGAUAUUUGGAUGCAUUUGCUGUUUGUUUUGGUUGUGUUUCAGAUGAUUUUGUGCCCAAUAGAAAAUAAUGGUAAAUAGUGUAUUGUGUCAUUUUGAAUAAUUGUAUUGUAAAUAAGAGUGGUGUUGUAGUACUCAAGACAGUCCGGUUUCCGGACCACAUAUUGAGUGUCUCAGUCUUGUCUCGGUGUUGGAUACAUUUGUACUCGGUCUUGGACAGUGAGGACUCCUAAUUUCUUCCCGAGGCCAGCCGAAACCAGCGGAUUAAAAAGCUUCCAUUCAGUCAGCGCAUAAAACCUCUUUGCCAGGCCAAAUAUAUACACUUCUUUCUUGAAACACUAAUACAGUGCCUUGCAAAGUAUUCGUCUCUUGGCGUUUUUCCUAUUUUGUUGCAUUACAACCUGUAAUUUGAAUGGAUUUUUAUUUGGAUUUCAUGUAAUGGACAUACACAAAAUAGUCCAAAUUGGUGAAGUGAAAUGAAAAAGAUUUACUUUUUCAAAAAUAUUUUUUUAAAUUAAAAAACAGAAAACUGGUGUGUGCAUGUGUAUUCACCCCCUUUGCUAUGAAGCCUCUAAAUAAGAUCUGGUGCAACUAAUUACCUUCAGAAGUCACAUAAUUAUUCAAAGUCCACCUGUGUGCAAUCUAAGUGUCACAGGAUCUGUCACAUGAUCUCAGUAUAUAUACACCUGUUCUGAAAGGCCCCAGAGUCUGCAACACCACUAAGCAAGUGGCACCAUGAAGACCAAGGAGCUCUCCAAACUGGUCAGGGACAAAGUUGUGGAGAAGUACAGAUCAGGGCUGGGUUAUAAAAAAAUAUCAGAAACUUUGAACAUCCCACGGAGCAAUAUUAAAUCCAUUAUUAAAAAAUGGAAAGAAUAUGGCACCACAACAAACCUGCCAAGAAAGGGCCGCCCACCAAAACUCAUAGACCAGGCAAGAAGGGCAUUAAUCAGAGAGGCAACAAAGAGACCAAAGAUAACCCUGAAGGAGCUGCAAAGCUCCACAGCGGAGAUUGGAGUAUCUGUCCAUAGGACCACUAUAAGCCGUACACUCCACAGAGCUGGGCUUUAUGGAAGAGUGGCCAGAAAAAAAGCCAUUGCUUAAAGAAAGAAAUAAGCAAACACGUUUGGUGUUCGCCAAAAGGCAUGUGGGAUUUUCCACAAACAUAUGGAAGAAGGUACGCUGGUCAAGUGAGACAAAAAUGUUGCUUUUUGGCCAUCAAGGAAAACACUAUGUCUGUUGCAAACCCAACACCUCUCAUCACCCCAAGAACACCAUCGGCAGUGAUUGGGAAACUGGUCAGAAUUGAAGGAAUGAUGGAUGCCGCUAAAUAGAGGGAAAUUCUUGAGGGAAACCUGUUUCAGUCUCCCAGAGAUUUGAGACUGGGACAGAGGUUCACCUUCCAGCAGGAUAAUGACCCUAAGCAUACUGCUAAAGCAACACUCAAGUGGUUUAAGGGGAAACAUUUAAAUGUCUUGGAAUGGCCUAGUCAAAGCUCAGACCUCAAUCCAAUUGAGAAUCUGUGGUAUGACUUAAAGAUUGCUGUACAACAGGGGAACCCACCCAACUUGAAGGAGCUGGAACAGUUUUGCCUUGACGAAUGGGAAGAAAUCCCAGUGGCUAGAUGUGCCAAGCUUUUUGAGACAUACCCCAAGAGAGUUGCAGCUGUAAUUGCUGCAAAAGGUGGCUCUACAAAGUAUUGACUUUUGGGUGAAUAGUUGUGCACGCUGAAGUUAUUUCUUGUUUGUUUCACAAUAAAAAAUAUUUAGCAUCUUCAAAGUGGUAGGCAUGUUGUGUAAAUCAAUCGAUACAAACCCCCCAAAAAUCUAUUUUAAUUCCAGGUUGUAAGGCAACAAAAUAGGAAAAAUGCCAAGGUGGUGAAUACUUUCGCAAGCCACUGUACAAUAUCUUAGCAGCCUUUAUAUAUAUUAUAGACGUUUUUGCACAGUGGCAAACAUAUAGGCCUUAAGUGUGUGACAGGUUUGUGAUUCUGAAAGGACAGCAACCGUAAUACCAGCUCCCUCAUGUAUGAGAGUGCACUUUUUGUAAAACCCAAUGGGCCAGUGGUGUAGUGGAGGAUAUAUGCAGGUACAAACCGUACACCCACUUUUUUUUUCAUUGAGCAUUGCCUAUACUCACUUCUUACACUUCGAACACACCGACAGCAUCAUUGCGCAAAAUAGUACGCAGCACCAUCUGGAUAUAUAUCCAACAAAAGUUCAACAUUCACCUUUUCUGUCUUGUCUGUCUACGCGUACAGUUUGACGCAUAUGUUUGAUAAAUUCAACAUAUGCACCACACCAAACGCACUGCAACUACCUCUGCAACGCAAUGCUACAAGGCAAACGCAGCGUUUCAUUGGAAAUUAAUGUCAUUCUGGUGUACCAAAAUGCAAUGAUGCUGUCAGUGUGUUCAAAGCGGUAUGCUUCGAACACACCGAGAGCAUCAUUGUGCAAAAUAGUACGCAGCAUCAUCUGGAUAUGUAAAAAGUUCAACAUUCACUUUCUGCUACCAUUUCUGUCAAGCUAUCUACGCAUACAGUUUGAUGCAUACAUUCGAUAAAUCCAAUUUAUGCAUCACACCGAAAGCAUUCUGGUGUACCAAAAUGCAACGACGCUGUCAGUGUGUUCGAAGCACUAAUCCCUACUGAUGCGUUUCAAAGUAGUGUAGUGGAGGCAUACGUCAGUAGCCAGUAGGGUAGGAAAAACAUUUCAAUUCAUCAUAUCUACCAGUAAAUGCUAACUAAGGUGACAAUGGGUAUGCAAACCAGGUUACUAGGCUAUUUGCAAUGCACAAUUGUCAUCAUGUGCUGUUUGCAUCAGGGGCGUAGACAUGGAUGGGCCUGGGUGGACAGAGGCCCACUGGGGAGCCAUGCCCUGGCAAGCCCACCCAAUCAGAUUGAUGUGGUUUAAGCAUUGUUGUGGACUUAGACCAAAGUUUUGUAUUUUUCUGUAAAAAAAGGUGUGGUUUUGAGAGUGAAAAUCUAAAAUAUCUAUAGGAAAACUCAUAAAAAAGGAAAUCAUUUUUCACACAGGGUUCCUUUCCUUUACUGGGUAGGCAUACACAUAUUUAGCAGAUGUUAUUGCGGGUGUAGCGAAAUGCUUGUGUUCCUAGCUCCAACAGUGCAGUAGUAGCUAACAAUUCACAACAAUGCACACAAAUAUAAAAGUAAAAUAAUGGAAAUAAGAAAUAUAUAAAUAUUAGGAUGAGCAAUGUUGGAAUGGCAUUGACUAAAAUACAGUAGAAAACAGUAUAUACAUAUGCAAUGAGUAAAGCAGUAUGUAAACAUUAUUAAAGUAACUAGUGUUCCAUUAUUAAAGUGACCAGUGAUUCCAUGUCCUUUAUGAUCUUUUUGGCCUUUCUGUGACAUCGGGUGCUGUAGGUGUCCUGAGGGCAGGAAGUGUGCCCCCGGUUAUGUUUUGGGCAGACCGCACCACCCUCUGGAGAACCCUGCGGUUGCGGGUGGGGCACUUGGUGAUACAGGAUGCUUUCAGUUGUGCAUCUGUAAAGGUUUGUGAGGGUCUUAGUGGCCAAGCCGAAUUUCUUCAGCCUCCUGAGGUUGAAGAGGCGCUGUUGCGCCUUCUUCACCACACUAUCUGUGUGCGAGGACCAUUUCAGUUAGUCAGUGAUGUGUACUCCGUGGAACCUUCUCCUAUGUGGUCCCGUCGAUGUGGAUAUGGGGGUGCUCCCUCUGCUGCCUCCUGAAGUCCACGAUCAGCUCCUUUAUUUCGUUGACGUUGAGGGAGAGGUUAUUUUCCUGGCAUCACUCCACCAGGGCCCUCACCACCUUGCUGUUGGCUGUCUCAUCAUUGUUGGUAAUCAGGCCUACUACUGUUGUGUCGUCUGCAAAGUUGAUGAUUGUGUUUGAGGCGUGCUUGGAGUACAGGAGGGGGCUGAGCACGCACCGUUGUGGAGCCCCUGUGUUGAGGAUCAGCGUAGUGGAGGUGUUGUUUCCUACCUUCACCACCUGGGGGUGGCCCAUCAGGAAGUCCAGGACCCAGUUGCACAGGGCGGGGUUCAGACCCAGGGCCCCGAGCUUAAUGAUGAGCUUGGAGGCCACUAUGGUGUUGAAGGCUGAGCUAUUGUCAAUAAACAGCAUUCUUACAUAGGUAUUCGUCUUGUCCAGAUGGGAUAAGGCAGUGUGCAGUACGAUGGCGAUUGCAUCGCCUGUGGACAUAUUGGGGCAGUAUGCAAAUGUAAGUGGGUCUCUAGGGUGUCAGGUAAGGUGGAGGUGAUAUGAUCCUUGACUAGCCUCUCAUAGCACUUCAUGAUGACUGAAGUGAGUGCUAUAGGGCGAUAGUCAUUUAGUUCAGUUACCUUUGCUUUCUUGUGUACAGGAACAAUGGUGGACAUCUUGAAGCAAGUGGAGACAGCAGACUGGGAUAGUGAGAGAUUGAAUAUAACACUCCAGCCAGCUGGUCUGCGCAUGCUCUGAGGACGCGGCUAGGGAAGCCGUCUGGGCUGGCAGCCUUGCGAGGGUUAACGCGCUUAAAUGUUUUACUUACUUCGGCCACGGAGAAUGAGAGCCCACAGUCCUUCGAAGUGGGCCGUGUUGGUGGCACUGUUUGAUCCUGAAAGUGGGCGAAGGUGUUUAGCUUGUCCGAGAGCAAGACGCUAAUGUCCGCAACGUGGCUAGUUUUCCCUUUGUAAUCGUGAUUGACUGUAGACCCUGUCACAUAUGUCUCAAUAAGCAGUCCAUAAUAAGCAGGUAGGUCCCAAUCAUAAGAAUACAAAAACACAACCAUUAAGCAUUUCCCAAUCACACUGUACAACUAUUACUUCCCAUUACAAAAACAUUUCAGUCUGGAAUUGGACUCGCAUUUUUCUGGUCUCAGUUUUGACUUGGUCUCGGAACCCUUGGCCCUCUCCCGGUCUCAACUCGGUCUCGCCCCCCCUCCGGUUUGGGUCUUGACUCGCACUCGAUUUGCUCCGGUCUUGGUCUUGAAUCGAUCUCACUUUAGGUUGUCUCGAACACAACACUGGUAAAUAAGAACAGAGUGUUUCUAAACAUUUCUACAUUAAUGUGGAUGCUACAAUGAUUAUGGACAAUCCUGAAUGAGUCGUGAAUAAUGGUGAAUGAGACAGUUAUAGAGGCAUAAAUAUCAUAUCAAAUAUUAAACGUUUGACUACUUUAAUACCAUAAUUGAAUUUGUCACAAUACUUUUGGACUGUGUACAAAAAGUGCUGUAAUUUCUCAACAGUCCACCAGAUAUGGAUAAAAAUACCCUCAAAUUAAAGCUGACGGUCUGCACUUUUAACCUCAUAGUCAAUGUAUCAUCCAAAGUGCUGGAAUACAGAGCCAAAACAACAAAAAAUGUGUCCCAAUACUUUUGGAGCUCACUGUAUAUCAUAAGGCCUUACUUUGAUGGCCUAGUUUUACCCUAACACAGUGGUGUUAUGAAACUCCUGGUUUACAGGCCACAUCAGGCCUGUAAGUCACAUCAUGCUGGCUUGCAAAGUGAUGUGUGAUUCUUAUUAGAAUCCAGCCUAUUAGAAUCCAGUUAGGAUAUCCAACAACUGGAAUUUUUAUUCACCAUCAACCUGCAUUCAGAAUGACUGUCAGGGUUAGGAAAGUUGAUAAGAAGACUACCUAAACCAUUUAGAGCUGCAAUAUGUAACUUUUUGGGCUACCCGACCAAAUUCCCAUAGAAGUGUAUGUUACAGAUAUGUCAUUCUCAUUGAAAGCAAAUCUAAGAAGCGGUAGAUCUGUUCUAUGUGCACUAUUUCUAUGCUUCUCGUCUUUUACUUUUGGUUUUGUACACCAGCUUCAAAGCUGAAAAUACAAUAUUUGUGGUUAUGGAACAUAUAUUUCACAGAGGUUUAGAUGGCACAAUGAUUAUUUACACUGUACUUGCUUGUUUUUUCACAUAAAUUCAAAUCAAGCAAACUAUUAGAAUUUUUAGCAACCAGGAUUUCUGCAUAGUGCGUCAUUAAACUCGUACAACUAUUUCAGUAUCGGGUGCAAUAAAUCAAACUAAUUGAUUGGAUUAGAAAAUGUAUGUUAUUUAUCUUUGUAUAGCAUAAGAUUAAUCAAUCAAGUGCCUCCCGAGUGGCGUAGCAGUCUAAGACAUUGCAUUGCAAGCUAUGUUGCUACAGAUGCUGGUUCGAUACCCACCUGUGUCUCAGGUGCAACAGGGAGACCCAUGAGGCGGUGCACAAUUGGCCCAGCGUCGUCCGGGUUAGGGGAGGGUUUGGCUGGCUGGGAUGACCUUGUCCCAUCAUGCUGUAGCGACUCCUGCGUCAGCGACCGGGCCUGACAAGAGAAAAAAGUGAUUCAACAUUUUUAUGACAUGUUUGUGUUCCUUCUUGACGAGUGAUUUUGUAUGAGAGCUACAUUUUAGACUAUUGUUUAUCAUGAAAAGUGUUGGUUUCCCACCUCCAGAGCUGGUUCCACAUUCCUUUAUGCACAUGACUGACCUUGAGUUUCCAGGCUCUCUGAUUAUAUUUUAGAUGUAAGUGUUUCAGCCUGGCAGCAUGUGAAUAUGCUCUGUUAUCUCUGUGAUAUAGCACAGGGGAGGCAUGAUGAGAUGUGUCAUGUCAGAUGAUGUUUCAUGACGCCAACUGUCAUUUUCCACCAUCUGUACACCAGAGGAGAUUCAGUCCUGAGCUAUCAAAUUAAAUAUUUCUAAUCACUA